ACGCUAGUUUACGUUACAUUACCUUACUUUACUUGAACUUAUGUUGACUUCUCUAUCCUACCUUAUAUUACCGUAGGUUAUCUUAUGUUACUUUUCCUUGCGUUAUCGUAUUCUAGUUUACCUUACUCAACCAUAACAUUUAUGCCGUCAGUCCGAGUUAAAGUGGCUUUUUUCGUACUUCUCAGAAAAAGAGUAUUUUCUUCGCUUUCGACGCCAAUUUUGAAUAUGAAUAUGAUAUUUUCAUUGCGUAAAAGCUGAGUGCUGAUGGAGAGAACCCGGGAGAGAGACACAGACACGCAGAGUAAAGAUAGGAUUCAUGGCAAUUUGUGUCUAUGACUCUCUCUCUCGGAUCUAUGAUACACAUGUGAGUAGACAUCACUUAUGUAUGUGAAAAUUAUCGUGAUGUUAUAGCAGAGGAGUACAUGAUGUUGAAUACUGCUCAUAUAACGACCAAAACUUUUUGAACGGUCAAGAAGCAGUCUACAAGAUGUAGUUUUAUGAGCUCCAUUAUACCAAAAAAAUUAAUAAGCUUUGUGUGAAGGUUUAAAUUAGAAAAGAAGUUAAAUUAAAGUAAAAUUACCAGAAUGUUUUCUGUGAAAUCUGUAGGAAACCAGCAUCACGUGAUACAGAAACGUUGUCCACUCCCUACGUUUGUUUAGUUUUCCAUUCUCUAUUGAAUGAUGUAUUUGUGAAGUUCCAGCACUUACAUGAGCCAGUUAUUUCAAAUUUAAAAAAAGUUAAAUUUUCAAAAAUUAAAACUUUGAUUUAAAUUUUCAACCUUUUGCUUGAGAUUCGAUUUUUUUGUUAGAUGAAGCUUAUUCUGUCCUGAAUACGCUCAUAACCUCAAAAUUGUUCCAUCUUCAGCCAUUUUUUGUAGAAAUCAAUUUUUUUUAGAUCAGGUAUGCCAAAAACCACGGUUUUCUUGAAACCCUGCUUCGAAGCCUUUUAAAAGAAACUAAGUGAACCAAAAGAUAGAGCAUGGUUCGAAGCCUCUAAACCCUGAGCCUUCUUAGUGUCCAAAGUUUUUCACUGAAUUCAUAAAAAGUGAAGUUUUCGACAACGAAGUUAUAUUUUGUGUUAUAUAUAUAUUAUAUUUUGUUAUGACCUCAGUCACCUUCACAAUUACAUUUUUCGGUCAUAUCUAUUCUUGGCUCUUUUCUAAUGUCUUAUUCAUUCUAUGUAUGUUUGUUCAGUCACAUCUCUUCCUGUCCAGGCGAUACAUUGUUAUUUCGUCGUUCUAUUUUUCUGUCCAGUGACUAUUUUAGACAGUAGACUAUUAUUACAUCAUUUUCUUUCUCUUACAGUGUUCUCCUCAUUUUAUGUAGAAUAAUCAUUGUAGAUUUUAGACUAUUUAUCUCUCUCUUCUCCAGGUUCUUCUAUACAGCGCUUUUUCUCUCUUUUUUUACAGAAUUCUAUUCUUUUCUAUAGUCUCUCUUACCCUAUAUAAAUCUGUGUAUUUGUCAAUCAGAUCAGUCACUUUCAUUCUUGAGUAUAUUAUUAUUAUACAUGCGUGUUUUUAUACGUUGUGUGAGAGCAUCGUUCAUUAUCGUGUGUGUUUCUGUAUUGUUGUACCUAUUCUUUUUUUAUUUAUUCCAAUACAUUAUUAUACACAGGUUAUUCAACAGGUUUGAUUAGAGUUUCUUUUAGGUCUCUUCUCUCACCCGUUUUCUGUUAGGUAUUUUGCAAACAUAUUUCAUGUUAAUCACAUAUUUCUCGAGACAGACGAAUAUUAAAACUAAAAGAUUAACAGCUUUAGUCAGAGUUUUAGUCUAUUUUCUAGUUUUGAGAAAAUCGACAUUUAAAAUUUUUUAACUGAAAAAUGUGUUUCAAAAUUGUGGGAUUUUUUUAAGUUUUUUUUGCAACCCGAUUUGCUGUCCUACCAUGGCAAAAAAACGAAAAAUAAAAUUCUGUACCUUACAAGAAAAGAAGCGGGAGGGGGAAUGUAAAAAUGUUUAAAAAUUAGUAGUUUCUAUAUCACUCCCCCUAAAGUACACAGCAUCAUUACUGCGCACGGUGCUUCAAAGCAACUUGACAGAAAAUUACCUUUCCUGUAUGAUUGUAGAAAGCAUCCAUAUAGCAAUAGUAAUCAACCAGCUUCGUUAUUUCUCUAUAUCGAUUUUAUCGAUGUUCACGCUUGUUGACAUCCGGAGAGAAAGUUAAGUAGGUUAAAACAUAAAAUAUCAUGUUUUUUGCUCUUAAUUUCUACAUAGCUAAACUCGAACGCAAAAACUAGGUGUAUAUUAGUGACAUUUUUAAUGCGCAGCUGUUUUCCAAGAUUCUUUAUUUUAUUUCAGAAGAUUCUUUAGUAGUUUUGAAAAAAAGUUCCAAAACUUGAAAAGUUGGGAAACUUCAUUUGCCUUGUGUGAGAAAUCGAAUGUGCCAGUAGGAAAAGCGAGAUUAAUUUUGUAAGUGUGAAAUUAUUUGUGUUAUCGAACGAUACGUGAUUGUUCUACUAUAUGUAUUUUUCGUCUUUUUCAUUAUUAUAUCUCUAGCAAAACGUCCAGGUGUUUCUAUGCAAAUACUAUUUCCUCGCUUCUCUAUUUGUCUUUGUCCAGUUUUAUUCUACGUAUAUAUAGAUAUGAAUAGUCAUAUUUAAGAGUCUUAAUAUAAGUUCCCUAGUCAGGAUCAUUGAUAGCUGACAUUCUACCUAUCAAAUAUUGCAAGAGGUAGAUGUUUGCUGUACUUUUCUUUGGUAUUCUUGCAGAUGCCUGCUAAAAAUAAAAUGUUAAAUUGGGGAGGGUUGGUUGAUUACAAUAUUGAACGAAUGCAACAGCAUCCGUUCAAUUUGAGCGAAUUUUGCCAUGGACUGCUGCUAAGUGUCUUGAGAGAGUCGCAGCGAGUUUAUUCGUGUGAUGCUGGGGUGCUUUUGUUAUCAUUGAUGGGUGUAAGCCCCCAUUUAGCAAAUGUCAAUUAUCUUACGUAUACAAAAGCAAAAAAGAACACUAAUAUUUAUAUUUUGUUCAUUGGGGAUUCGGGUGAGUCGUUAAGCUUUUGAGCAGAGCUAUAUGUAAGAAACUGUCCCAUUUUAGGAUCUGGAAAAAGCGUUUCUUUGCGUUUUGUGGAGCAGCAAUUGACUAGCGUUAAAUCAUUGGUUAUUAGUAAAGAAAAAACGAAAGUUGAUGAUAAAAAUGUCAUUGAUUCUUUAUCACCGUGUCAGUUAUUAAAAAAACUGGAAGAACAACACGUUCUAGCAUUAUCAUCAGAAAUUGAUGCAAUUCUUUUGAAAUUUGGUUUGUAUGAACCAAAUAACAUGAGUAAAUCAGAAGGACGAACCGCGCUAAUGCACGGCUUUGAUUGUUUUACGAACGUCGCUCGUGAAACCACAAGAUCCGAUGGCUUGAUACAACGAUUCUUGUUUUAUUGUAUGCCGAACCGGAUAACUUCGAAACGUAUCUCAAUGUUGAAUACUACGGAUUCGGAACUGGCUUACAACCAUCGUUUACCAUCCUAUCGUCAACUGUUAUUUGCAUUGACAUUAUUUGAUGAGAUAACAUUUUUGUUUACAAACAAUAGUGAAUGUGAAGCUGAAGAUUUUGUGGAUGCUGUAACUGAACACUGGAAACGCAUGAUGGUUCACAUCCUCAUCAUAUUCGUGCGAUUUUUGCACGUAUGCCAGAAAUUUACGAAAGACUGUGUGAUUAUGCAACAAAUAGAAUAUGCUGUUCGUUUAUUCAAUGGCUUACAAUUUGAAUGUAAUGUUAUCGAUGAUACAUUUCGACGCCAUUUAAGUUCGGCAUUUGAUCGGAUCAUUCGACCCUUAAUGGCAAAAUGUGCAUCGUCAAACAGAAAUUGUUUGCCAGUUGAAUUGUUCGUAUGUGAACUUGUUCAGAUAUUAGUACAAAAAAAUCUCUUACCAUUAUCGAUGCAAAUGUUGAAUGUUGAUAUCAAUAUUUUGGAAUGUUCCAGAAUCACAAAGACCAAUGAUCUCAUCAAAUCGUCGAAAGGUGGUGAAAUUUAUUCGUGGAAGCAAGCAAUAACUUUGCAUCAGAAAAUUCUUCUUUGCCGGUUCCAUGCAUUUAUUCGUGUAUCAUUGUCAUUGCCGGCGAAUAAUAAGAUUGCAAUUUGUAAAGGGUUCACAUCGGUCGAAAUUCAAGAAUGUUUGGCUCAGUUAUGUGAUGAUGGCUUGCUGAGAAGAGGUCCAUUUAUUGUGAAAGAUCGACAACGAGAAUCAUGGAUGAAAAUAUUACCGGAUGUGAACAAUGGUGAUGAAAAAGAAAUGUUUGAGCAAAAGCUUUGUGCUCAUGGUGUGAGCCUAGUUGAAUAUCUUGAUGCGUAUGCAAAAGCUGCAUUGCCGGAUGGUUUCAAAUACACUGACGAUGGCAAAAAGUGGCUCAAAGCUGCAGUUAGUGAAGGAGAUAAUCGUGAUGGAGAAAACCAGCCACAACUUGAGGAGAUAUCGGGCGAUGAAGCAAAUGGUCAAAUGAUUGUUGGUUUAGAAGAAUCAGGGUUGUUAAACAAAGAAAAUGAAAACGAAGGUUUAAAUGCAAGAAGAAAUGUCAGUGAAAAAGGAUUAUCCUAUUUGCCGUUAAGCCAUAGCAGUAAUGAGAAUAAUGAUGAAAGCGGUUACGGUGAAAAGAAUCAAUCAGAAAUGGAGGAAAAUUUGGUUGGUGAGAGAGUUAGUGGAAAUUGUAUUAUGUUUGUUGACGAUGAACCAUUAUUAUCAGAUGUUGCCCAAGAAAAAGAGUUGUUAGAAACGUCAAUGGAAUUUGAGGGCAUGAGAAAUAAAUCAAAUGAUGUUGCAACAUCGUCACAAUACUCUUUAUCUGCCGAUGUUUGUCAAUUGGCGACCAAGAUCUUGAUGUCACGAAAGGUUGUUAUGUCAACAACGGAUAUCAGCAAAGUUGAUCCACAUGUUUUAAAAUCUCUCAAAGAACGUGCUAUACGAUGGUUGGUAGAAGAUGGUUUAUUGAUCUCUGGAUUAUUUUUUUCAUACUAUUCGAAUGACAAAUCGCCGCCAUCAAAACUGGGAUAUAUCAAACGUUAUCCGAAAGAUGAUAGUGAAGACGACGAAAUCCGAAAGAAAUUGAAAGCUUAUAAUAUUGUUGCAUCAGAAUACAAAAAAACGUUUUUUGGCAGCAUUAAAAAAUCUCAAUCUCAUUCAAUGUUAUUGAAUCUAAGUGCAAUGGAGAUUCUAGGUGAAGAACCGUAUAGUGCUGUAGUGGAUGUGGAUCAAUCGUUUUUAUUUGAGAAGAAGUCUAAUGCUGUCGAAGAAUCGAAGUUGAAAGAUAUAGUCAAUAUUCAAGGAGACCGACGGCCGCAUUCAAUACAUAAAAAUGAUAUGAUUGCUGGUGAUCGUGUUACUCGUUCUUCAAAAAAAUCAUAA